AUGAACAAACCAGAAACCUAUGAACUUUUUGAUCUCGAAGGAGAAAUCAAAGUCAAGGCAGAGAAGAUUGAAAAGAUGCCCAACGCUGCCAAUUUUAUCGUCAACAAGGAAGAUCAUACACUAGGAAAUAUUAUUCGGAUGCGUUUACAUGAAGAUAGGAGAGUGUUAUUUGCUGGAUAUAAAAUUCCGCAUCCACUAGAACACCACAUUGAAAUUAAAAUCCAAACCACAGAAGAUAGCGAACCAAGAGAAGCCUUGAUGGAGAGUAUUGCAUCAUUGAUUCGAAGUUAUAAUCAAAUGAAAAGAGAUUUCCUUCAAAGUGUGAAGGAAAUUAAUCCCGAUUAUAUGCCAUAUGAUUUGCCAGUAGAUCAUCAUGGUGAUGAAGAUGAUGGUGUGGAGGAUUAA